AUGUCUGUUCCUUUAACCAAAGUCGACUCUGCCAUCGCUGGCUUGUCCAUAUCUGAUGAGAAGCCCACUCUCAACGAGAAGGAGGUCAAGAAGGUCCCCAAGAAGGACCACAAGCGGACUUCAUCAACGUCAGAAGGCAUUUGGAACAUCAAGGACCUUGAAGAGCAAGGCAUCGAAAUCACCCUUCCCAUCGAAACACAAAAGACGGGAUGGAAACUCAACACCUCCCCAAACUCCAUCGAGGACAAAGAUAUCCUCAAGUUGCACCUCGUCAACCCUCCCGUCAAGAAGAUUGACCUGCACUUCCCCCUAGGCCUAGUGGUCACCGCUCGGAAUCUCAAGGGCGUCACGAUUAAGGAUGCAAUGGAUGCCAUCUACAAACAAUUCAAGAAGAAGGCGGAUGACGAACUGGAAAAGCCCUACCUCGCUGGCUUCGAGUGGGACAAGGAUGAGUGCUGGACACGCCUGCUUGUACACCAGACGAAGGAAGGACAAGCACAACAGCCAAGCAAGAAGUCCAAGAAGAAGGCCAAGGAAGAGGCAUAG